AUGACUUUGGAUCACAAUGACGUGUAUUCUACCGCUGAACGCCUGUAUGACGAACUCUGCAAGCUGCGAACGACCGAGGACAAGAUCGGGGCGCGUAACCGUAUGGAGGAAAUGGUCUACUUUGCGUUGGCCAAGCGCAGCUGCAACCUAUCCAGCCGCGAAGAAUUGGACGUGAUCAAGCGAUGGGAUGACUGCGACAAGCAGAUGAUUGACGCCGGCGUUCGGCGCGACCACCGUGCCCCGUCCGCCACCAUCUUUGUGGGCCGGACGGUCGCCACUCAGAAUGCUGAGGAGCUCCAGGCGGCCGAGAAAGCGACGUCGAUAGUCUACACAAAAUGGAAAUCCGCAUGGGCUGAUUGCCUGGCCGUCGUGAGGGAGCGGAAGCUGAGUGUGGCUGCCGUCUGGGCCGCCUUUGCAGAUGAUACCCAAGUAGACGAAGCAUCCAUCGAAUGGCCGCUCGUCGACAUCUACCUGAUGGAGGGUAUCUUUACCUACCCGGACGUGUGGAAGGAGGAGGAGGAGGCCGUCCAGAGCCCCGAUGGGUCCGAAGAGGACGUGAUCACCGACACCGAGCGCGACGAGAUGGACCACCAGCGCGAGCAGGACGGGAUUGCGUUGAAGAAGAACACUGCGGAGGGCGAGCAGCCAUACAACUACGACAACCAGCUGGGCCUCGGGGAGGCGACCUCCGAGGAA